UUUAAAAUGUCUUUGAUUGUAUUUCAGGUGUAAUCUCAAGUAAAAAUGGCUGGUGAAGGAAGUUUACUAAGGGUCGGGUCUAGAAAGAGUGAACUUGCUUUAAUUCAAACUAAAUAUGUGAUUUCACUUCUACAGAAGAUUAGACCCGAAAUUCAGUUUGAGCUGGUCACCAUGGCUACGACAGGAGAUAAGGUUCUUGACGUUGCUCUCUCGAAGAUAGGAGAGAAGUCCUUGUUUACAAAGGAACUAGAGAUUGCAUUAGAGAAGAAGGAAGUAGAUUUUGUCGUACAUUCUUUAAAGGAUUUGCCGACUAUUCUACCCGAAGGAAUGGUUAUUGGCUCUGUUCUGGAAAGAGAAGAUCCAAGAGAUGCUGUUGUGAUGAAGCAAGGAUCAGCAUUCUCCUGCUUAGCUGACCUUCCCCCCGGGGCUGUCAUAGGCACAAGUUCGUUAAGGCGGUCUGCUCAGCUCAAGCUCAACUUUCCACAGCUUAAAUUUCAGGAUAUUCGUGGUAAUCUGAAUACACGGUUGAGGAAACUAGACGAUAAGGAUGGAGUCUACGCAGCAAUUAUUCUAGCUGUAGCUGGAAUAUCAAGGAUGGGUUGGAUAGACAGGAUUAGUGAAUAUCUAGAACCUAGUUCUUGUAUGCAUGCUGUAGGACAGGGAGCUUUAGGAGUAGAGUGUAGAGAAGGAGAUGUAGAAACUUUAAACCUUCUCUCAUCUCUUCAUCAUAGAGAAACAGUUUUGCGCACAGUGGCGGAGAGAUCCUUUCUGCGCGUGCUUGAAGGCGGUUGCUCAGUACCUGUGGCGGUAACUUCAAGGGUGACAGAGGCGGGUAUAUCCCUGGAUGGUGGGGUUUGGUCUAUUGACGGAACGAAGAGUGUCUCUGGUACAAAUUCCGUCGUGUUUAAGAAUUCUACUGAUGCUCUGAAACAACGGUCUUAUGUCGGAAUUUCCGCCAACCAAAUAGAGGCGGAGAUACUUUCCGGGGCGGAGCUAUGCGGUCGAGAACUGGCGGAGCUUCUUAUAUCUAAAGGGGCGGAGCCGAUUCUCAAAGAGGCGAAGGCUCAAUCUGUGAUGGCAGAGCCUGUAAAAUAGUUGCUCAAUUUAUGCAUUUCUGUAGUCGAUACUUAGUUAGCCUUAUCUUCUUUUCAUGAAUGUAACAUCUUAAUCAGCUUAAAAAGGGUAUUUUUAGGUUUAUUUCUCACUUUUUAUAAGCUAAAGUUAUCUUAAUAAGACGUCGAAGAAAAGGCUCAUAAUUCUCUAGAUCAGUUUUAUAUGAAUUAUCUAUUUCAUAAUCUUCAAAUUUGAGUUUUACAUUAUAUUUAGGUUUGAUACAGUAGGGCUCAUAAAAAUGGGGUGUAUGACGACGACAUUUGUUAACAUUUGAUCGUUGAUGUGAAGCUUUACCAUUGCUUGAAAAUCAAUUUAAAAGUCACAGGGUGUGUGUACACUGUGACCAUUGUCAAAUUGCUGUGUUUUAUGUUUAUUGGACUAUUUUAGAUCAUAAUUUGAGUCUUACCGUCAUCUUCCUGUUCCUCAGUUUCAUGGGUCCCGCUGUACAUUCUAACAAUAGUUUACUUUGCAGUGGAAAACUUUGUAAAGGCCUUUUACAUUUAUAAAAUCUUAAAAGUUUCUAAACGGGUGAUGUUAUGCAUUAGAUGCAGCUCGUCUGUGAUAAAGGUUAUUUAUUUUAAAUUUGAAUUUGAAUUUCAUUUUUAAAAGAGAGUUUGUUGGCUUUAUGUUCGGCCUUUUAUACUCUUGUACUGUACAUUUUUGUAUUAGUUCUUAUGCAAUUGCCUUUUACUAGAUCUGAACUACCUUACAGGGAUUAUUUUUGUUAUGUAAACGAUGUGUCAAAUUGCUCACAAUUAUAUUAUUUUUAUAUAGAUAGUUAGAAAAUUAUUACCGUUCAAACUUGUUACAUUUUCAUCUCAGUUUAAACCCAGUUGAUCUGUCCUGUGAAUCUCUCAGAAGAUUUUAUGUUUUAAAAUACUAUAUAUAUUUUUUAAAUUUACAGAAAAA